GAAAAUACCCGUCCAUUGUGAACACGCCUCUGUAAAGUUAACGGCAAUUUUUUUCUUUUAUUUUACAAUAAAAUCCAGUAAAAUCCAAUAAAGCCAAGUGCAAGACACGUAUACAUAAAAAAACAAGUGUAAUUUAUUACGUUCACAGCAGUAAAAUUUACCUAAAUUAAAUCAUACGUAUUUAACAGAAAUAUUCGUUAGAUUAUUGACACGUUAAUUUACCAUCAUCAUAAUUAAUUAACUCCCUGGCUGACAAUAUAAAAAAUAAAAAAAUAAAAAAAUAAUCUUUUAAGGUAACAAACAAAAAUAAAUUAUUAAAAAUUCAUUAAGUAAAUUGUUGUUGCUAGUAACAAUACAAUUGUUAAUUUGCAUGUACAGAAAAAAAAUUUUAUUGUUUGUUUAAUGUAGUUUAUAGUAGCAUUGAGUAGCAUUUAUUAUUCAUGUAGAUAAAGUUGCAUAUAUAAUCAUACUGAAAAAUAAUUACUAGCUAUCCAAAGGCGUCAGAAAAAUAAUCCAUCUUGCCAAUGUCGAAAAGAAUAGUUAUUUUUCCGUUUUUGUAAAAAUUUCUGUAAAUAAUUUGUCAGUAUGAUAACCCUAGUUAUUUAUUAAUGCUAAUUUAACGUCUUUUUCACAUUUCAUAUUUUUUUUUCUGGGAGAUAUCAAGUGAUUUAGUGGCAACCGUGUCUUUGUAAAAAUAAUUAAAAUUUCAAUUAUAUUUAUUCGCUUCUCGUCAACAGAAAUUAAUCAACAAGGCUGGGCUUAUUUAUCUACAGUUUGGUAAACUUGAUAUAGUACAGUAUAGAAAAAAAAAAAUAAACGUUAAAUUUCAUGACUACACUGGACUAUAUCAACUUGACUGUAGAUAAACAAAUCAUAGUCUUGAAUCUUGAUCAUAAUUUUAUUAUCAAUAAUUAAAUAAGUAACGUUAAAAUGUCAUUAAGAACAUAGAUGAAAAUUAUAUUUAUCAAUUAAACUCAUACAUUUAUUUAAAAAAAUAAAAAAUGUGGAAAAUUUGUGAAAUUCAUGUUGAUAAGUGGGUGCAGUUUAUUGUGAAAUUUAAUUAAUAUUAUUAAUAAUUUUUUCUUUUUUAAAUUAUAAUAUAUUCAAAAAUUAUUAAAAAUAUUAUUAACAAUUCAUCAAAUUGUACGUAAAAAUUACUGUCAUUAUUUAUUAUUUAUUAGAUAAAAAAAAAAGAAACAAUUUGCAUAUUUUUUUUUUUUGAGAAUUAAUAUUGUUUUUUUGAUGUUAGAUAAUUUAAAUUAACUCUAUAUAUUUUAUCGUGCGUGUAAAUUAAAUAAUUACAGUUAAAAUAAAAUUUAAAAUAAAAAUUACCGAUGCCAUACAUUCUGGUACGUGGUAACCUUGCAUCCUACAGUCAUAAGUAUCCUUGGCGAGUACUUGUUUCUGGUUUAAAAGCAUCGGAUAUUGAACAAUUAAAACGUUUUGCAUCUGGUGGUUACUGUGACGAUUCAACGAUUGUUUAUCUUCAACAUCCUUGUGUUAUAUUGACAGCACUUGAGGUACUUGGUUACAAAGUUGUUGCAUCAUCAAGUACAAGUGUUAAACAGGAUUACAAUGAAUACAUGUGGACAAUGAGAAAAGAUUUUUCUGAACCAGAACCAGAACCAAUUGUUAAAUCAGGCUCACCUUUUGCCUCUGAUUGUGCUGUAUUUGGAUUGUCAAGUGAUGAAGUUUUGGCACUCUGCAAACGUUUUCCAAAUUCAGGCAAUGAAGUCAUCAAUGGCGUUAUGAUGAAAGGAGCACCUAUGUCAAUAAUAAACGCUCUCGCUGAACUUGGCUACAGAAUUGUUUGCAGUACAGGAGAAGCAGAGAUUCUCUGGACUUUACAACGCGAAAUUUAAUUUUUUUUUUUCUUCAAUAUAUUUACUUUUUGCUAAUUAAACUUAUCUUAUUACAAUCAUUCCAAUAACAAUUGUUUUGUUUUUUUUUUUUUAAUUUUUUUCUUUCAACAAUUUAAUUUAUAAUAAUUAUUUUUAAUUAAUAUUUGGGAAUGAGUUAUGAUUAAAAUAUAAUUUAUGAAAGUACAGUUUAUGAAAGUGAUGAUAAAUAUGGCAGG